CUUGUUUUUUUUUUUUUUUUUUUUUUUUAUGAUUGUCAUUGAGGGUGCCAUAAGGGAUUCCCUCUGGUAUUCAAAUGGCCACCGUCCAUUCGUGUGAGUUUGAAGUGUUUGGCAAAGUGCAAGGCGUCUAUUUCCGUCGACAUGCCGAGAUGAAGGCCAAGACGCUGGGGCUGCGCGGCUGGUGCAUGAAUACGGCGGACGGCACGGUCAAGGGCUACAUCGAGGGACCGCGCACCGAGCUCAACCUGAUGAAGGAGUGGCUCCGCACCACCGGCAGUCCCGCCAGCAACAUUGUGAAGGCCGAGUUCUCUGAGGAUCAGGAGAAGCGAGAGUACGGCUUCAAGAACUUUCACAUCCGGCCCGAUGAGCCCAAGGCAAAGAAUCGCCGACCGCCCAACAAACAGAACAGAUUCGGGAAGUACGAAAGCAAUCCAUAGAGACCCAAAUGUAAAUCCAAUGUAAAUCAAAUAUAAACAAAAACUUGAUCUCUACAAAUA